AUGGACGCUCCCAUCUACGAAGACGACCUUACCACCAUUCAUGGCCGGCACGCGGCCCCGUUAGUGCGCCUCCGUGACCGCACUGCCACCGAUGUCAUCGCCCUGAGCACUGCAGUUACCGAGGAGCGAUUACAAGCUGCAUUGGCGGAUCUCAAUGAUGUUGCCACAAUCAUUGAUGACAUGUUCGUCGAUGGUGAGAUAGAGGACCCAGAUAUCCCGUUUGGAGAGCUACGACUGGCAUGGAUCGGUGGUCUCAAGCUGAGCGGUUCUGCGGCGGAUCUAGGCUUCGGCGGAGACGAGGAAGAGGACGAUAUCCACAGCUACCCUACGAACGGCAUGCAUCCUUAUGAUUACAGUGACGACGAUGAUACCGACGGUGACACUGAUGUGGACGACGCAUCCUCCUCUGGAUAUUCGGACUCCGGAGUAGACUCACUGUCCUUGAUGGAGCUUGCGAGCAAGUGCGCAACAACCACCUUCACCGACCUCCGUCACCUCUACGCCCUCCACUACGCCAUCCACAUCCACCGCCUCGACCGUCUCCUCCUUCGCCUACCCCCCGGCAUCUUUACCCCCGUCGACGCCGCCACCUCCGGCGUCUUUAGCACCGCUCCUUCCGCACUCGACGGCCCGCACCGGCCCGAACCCAUCCGGCAGCCGCCUCCGCCACCGCCGGGCGCCGUAAUUGCCGACAAGGCGUAUGAGUACAGCAUAGGCGGUGCGGGGGCGCCGUUGUCCAAGCAGAAAGAAGCAGAGUAUGCGCGGGUGCUGGCGGACGAGAUUGCACGGGUCGCGGAGUACAAGCAGGCGGUGGUGGGGGUGCUGGUAAGGGAGAUUGCGGGGUGUGGGGGUGUGGGGGUGGUUAUGUGA